AUGGCUGAAAUAAAUUCACUACAAUUUUAUACAGCAAAUAAGAUGAAGGCGGAGGAAGAGGAGUUAAAUAGGGGUUAUAAUGUGAAUAUUAGUAGACUUGGUAAUAUACCUACAUCUCAAACACAUGAAUCUUAUCAAUAUCCAAAUCAGCCUAACCACUAUAAUCAAAAUCAAUAUAAUCAACAAUACAGACAUUUGAGUCAUAGUACUUACUUCUCAAGUCAACCUCUUGCACAAAAUCAAGGUAUUAGGGAUAUUUCAAAUACAGUAUCUCAACAAGCUACUCAUAGUAAUUAUCCAAUAACUAGUCCAUUUAAUAUCUCUAAACUAGUAAACAAUCCUGGGACUACACCAUCAUCUAAUUUGCAAACUCCAACUACAAUUACUAUGGAUUCUACAGUACCUGUAAUACCUUCAGGUCAAAUGUCGUCAUUUAAUUCAUAUACAAAGCAAACAACAUCUUAUAAUAUUUCUUCAGGAAGUAGUUCAUCCAUAAUCUCGACACUUUCUUCCUUUAUGAAGCCUUCAUUUUGGUCCUCUAAUGGAAUAAAUUCUGAUGAACAGAAUAAUUCCGGUUUUGAAAAUGAUGAUUUAUAUAUAGAUGAUGAGCCCCCAUUGUUGGAAGAGCUAGGAAUUAAUCCUACAAAUAUUUGGAACUAUAUAAAGUGUGUGAUCUUGUUUCAAAAUAAUAUGAAUGGAAUGGAGUGGGAUAUGGCAGGUCCUAUUUUACUAAUUGGAUGCUUAGGAUUUUGUUUAUUAUUGGCAGGAAAGAUACACUUCGGAUAUAUCUAUGGGAUUGGAAUAUUAAGUUGUUUAGGGACAUAUAUUCUAUUAAAUAUAAUGAGCAAUAAACAAAGUAUUGAUUUAUAUACUACAAUGUCUAUACUUGGAUAUUCACUUUUACCUAUUGUAUUAUUAGCUGGUAUUUCUGUAAUAUAUUCACUACGUAGUAAAAUUGGGAUUUCAAUAGCUAUAUUUUUUAAUAUGUGGAGUACAAUUACAGCUUCCAGAUUUUUCGAACUGACCGUGUCAUUGAAACACCAAAGGUUUCUUAUAGCUUAUCCAAUUGCCUUAUUAUAUGCAUGUUUCACAAUUGUAACUAUCUUUUAA